AUGUUGGAUUCGCUUGAUGCCAGGGAACUUACCUACGAUGACAGGUCUAGUCUUAUAAAAGAUCCUCGAGCAGUUAUUCCGUUUUCUCGUAGUUUAGGUUUUUCCAGUGACAGAGGCAGCCGGUUAAGUAAAGAUGGACUUCGUUUGUUUAGCUAUCAGAAUUUUAAACAAACCGAAGAUAAUCUAGUUUUCCUGAAGAACCUUCCUCUCAGCUGGCAAAGGCGUAUAUUGGUUCAGUGUCACGAAGAUUUUGUAGUGAACCCGCUUAAAGUGAUGUCACGCUUGUACGACUUUGCUGAGUUGCCUGUGCUCGAUCAUGUGAAAAUAUGGAUGAAAGAAUCGACCCAUCCGUUCAAAAAACGAGAGGUUGUGUUGAUAGAGUGUCCCCCAGCCUUUUUCACGGUGAAUGAUGUUUCAGAAACAGCGCAUGGUUGGCGGUGGAAGGUACAUCCCUAUGAUAUUGACAUCAUUGAACAUUAUUGUAAACAUGUGAUGCAGAUAAUGGGGUAUAUACCAAUUGAUAAUGAUGAGGACUUGAUGGCUGAUGUUACUACCCCUCUGUUUAGUGAAGAUUGCGAAGCAAAGGAAUGGUUGCCAAACUGA